AUUCGAUACCAUUUUCGACAAUAGUUUUGGCCUGACCAACCUUAAACCAUUAUACCGUAUUAAUUUAAUUUAGACACGUCAGUUAAUACCAUUCUCAUCUAACAGACAGAAAAUCACUCACAUGCUGCUAUUGUUUAUGUCAUGUGACUAACAUACCAAUUUUUUCAACACUCACAUGCUGCGGUUAUAUACAUUGUAUAUACGUAGGAUAUAACUUCCUCAACUUUUCACUUACCUUUUUCAUCAUGGCCAACAUUCUCUGCUUCCAUUUGUUAUUUUUUGUUCUUUAUAUGUUCUUAUCUCAAACACCAAUUGAAUCUUACAGCACAGGGUUAAGUUUUAAACUAAUACAUAAAAACUCUCCCAAUUCUCCCUUCUACAAAUCAGAUAAUUCUCAUAAAAACAAAUUUCACUCAUUUUACCAAGUUCCCAAGAAAUCACAUCCUUACACUAGAGUGACAUCCAACAACGGUGAUUAUCUCAUGAAGCUCACAUUAGGAACACCACCAGUGGACAUAUAUGGUUUGGUUGACACAGGUAGUGCCUUAGUGUGGGCACAAUGCGCACCUUGUUGGCGCUGUUAUAGGCAGAAAAAUCCGAUGUUUAAGCCUUUAAGGUCGAAAACUUACAGUCCUAUUCCAUGUGAUUCAGAGCAGUGUUCAUUUUUUGGUAACUCCUGCUCUCCUGAAAAUCUGUGUGCUUAUAGUUAUCGUUAUGCAGAUUCUUCUGUAACAAACGGGGUGCUUUCUAAGGAAACAAUCACCUUUAGUUCUUCCAAUGACGAGCCUGUUGUCAUUGGAGACAUUAUAUUCGGGUGUGGACAUAGCAACUCAGGAACUUUCAAUGAAAACGAUAUGGGAAUCAUUGGAAUGGAUGGAGGGCCUCUGUCACUUGUUUCACAAAUGGGCAAAAUUUAUGGGAGAAAAAGGUUCUCCCAGUGCCUGGUUCCUUUUCAUACAGAUACACACAUUUCAGGAACAAUCAGUUUUGGUGAAGACAGCGAUGUUUCAGGCGAAGGAGUCGUUACAACUCCUUUAGUCUCUGCGGGCAGCCGGACUUCUUAUUUAGUCACACUGGAAGGCAUAAGUGUUGGACACACAUUUGUUCCUUUUAAUUCUCCUGAAAUGCUUUUCAAGGGGAAUAUAAUGAUUGAUUCGGGAACACCAUCAACAUAUUUACCGCAAGAAUUUUAUGACCGUCUGGUAGAGGAAUUGAAAACUCAGAUUAGCCUGGUACCCAUUGAGGGUUUACGCACACUACUUUGUUACAGAAGUGAGACAAAUUUAGAAGGGCCAAUCUUGACAGUUCAUUUUGAGGGGGCAGAUGUGCAGUUGAUGCCAAUACAAAACUUCAUUCCACGAAAAGAAGGGGUGUUUUGCUUUGCAAUGGCUGGCACUACUGAUGGAAUGUAUAUAUUUGGCAAUUUUGCUCAAUCAAACAUUUUGAUUGGAUUUGAUUUAGACAGAAAGAUAGUCUCCUUUAAACCAACUGAUUGCACCAAUCACUAGAGAUAAUUUUAAUGUAAUACAUUUAGUGUUAGUGAUAUCUAUAAUUUGUAGUUAGGGUCAAGAGAAAUAUCAGAAAUCUAAAAUUGUUCACAAAAAACAAUAUGUACUUUCAUUGAAUCCGCAAUCUUUUGUCAUAAAUGAGUUUUCUCUGAUCCUUUUUUCUUACCAUGGUCAAAAGAUUACAAUCAAUCAAUUAUGAACAUUGAAUUUUCCCUA